ACAAAGAUUGCCUAUAGCUAUGCAGCUGGGGAACCAUGGCGACGUGGAAACAGCGUGAAUUGUGAGUUGCACACACACGUACGUACACGUACACCGGCAUACGAACCGUACAGGACCGACCGCACGUGCACCGGAGAGAAAUAUCCUGCCGACAGCGCGCGCGGCGUGCAUGCGAGAUCGAGAUUGACCUGCUCAGCUGCUGGACUGUUUUACGAUCAGAUUGAUUUUCGCAGAAAGAUAUUUAACAUCAAAUCAAGAUCUAGUGCAUCGUGAGGACUGUUGAAAAUCACACACCAUGCCUGGAGCCGGAACUCAAGAUUGGUUUUAUCAUGCUCCUUCUAAAAAGAAAGAAGGCGGACCAGUGGAUUAUCCUGCUGCAUCACAGAUCCCAUCGUUUGGAGGUGGUAUCCCUUAUGAUGAAUGGGAGGCAAAUGAGCGUGAUAACGAUGGAAUGAAGAGAGGCUGGAUUAGAGACUCUGACACCAAAUACAUUAAGCUCUGCAAAAAAGGAGGCCGCAAAGAUUUGUUGAGGAUACGUGACCCGCCACCCAAAGCUGCUGAGCCUAAAGACUACCCAAGAGCAGAUUGGUUUUAUCAAGAUGUGGAAGAUAAUCAAAAUACAAAUCAAGGACCAUAUAGAUCACAUCUACCAGACUACAUGGUAUAUGAAGAACACCAAGGAGGAGAACCAACCACAGGGCAUUGGCAGAGGCCUCCCUUCUCACUGGACGAUAAGAUGACUGCCUUUGAGCGUCACGGUGACAACGACAAGCUGAAUAUGAAGUUCCCCAAUGACGAGUUCAAGCUGAGAAAGCCACCUAAAGACAAGACUGGCGGUAAAGACCACAAGAGGAGAAAGCCAGUCGAUAUGAAUGCAAAGAGCCCUGCAAAAUCUCGACAUGCUACAAUACCAACUCCAGAAGCUUACAAAGGGCCUGCCAGCAUCGGUAAGCUCCUCUCCAACGGCUACCAACAAGACUGGUAUGAAAACAGGGACACCCACUUCAAGAGCCACAAACCAUCCACGGCAGACAUGCAGUUUGAGGCUGCUACCCGGGCUGAUCGUCAGAGCACCGAGUACAGAGAUGCCAUCAAUGUGAAGAAAGCAGGAGGAGGGGGUGGCUCGUACGCCAAGAAUGCCAUGGAAGUACGGGGAACAAAGAAGUCCGAGCAGGUCAAGUCACUCAACACCAAACAGGAUGAGGAGAGGGAGCUCUUCAAGCUUAGCAAGUUUGAUAAAGUUGGCUCAAAGGUAAAAAGUCGAUGGUCUGAGACACAUGAGCGAUCCUCCCCCAUCACAACUGGUAUGCAGUUAGAGCUGGCUCCUGUUUAUACAAACUAGGAUAUGAGCGGGUGGAGUGAGAGGGAGUUUGGCUGAAUCAACUCAUCUGAAGAAGGACAGAAGAACAAGUACUGGUUGUUCUUUGGUAUUAACUGGAAGCCCGCCAACUUUAAGCAUUGUGGGAGAGGGCUACUCUAUGAUGAAAGAUAAGCAAAGGUGCUUGAUUAUUCAAUACCGUCAUGUUUCUCACAGUGAUGGAUGCAGGCCAUUGCAAAAUGACCUCCAUGAUGAAAUUGCUGUAUUUCAGAGGGAUGGAUGAUAGGUGGGGGGGGGGGGGGGAUUGGUAGAGGGAGGUAGUUGGGAUGGGGAGGGGGGUCUCUGUUUACUUCAGCUUCAUCCCAUACUUACAACGUUGAAUAUGGAUGCAAAAAUAAUUUGUGUAGUGUGUACAAAAAGCAUCAAUUAUUCAUUGAAAGGUUUACAUUCCAUAGUAUCUGUAUCUACCAUAUCAAAACUCAGGAGAUGCUUUCACCAGUCUCUGGUCAUGACAUUAAAGAGCCCCUCCCCUCUCCUUUAGUUUUUGCUUACUUUUAGGUCAUGUGGCAUAUAUAUUUUGAAAAUGGAUACAUAUUAUUUGGGUUAUUGCUAAUUUUUACCUCCCAAACCAACUCCAGAACGUGGGACAGAUACCAUAUAAUGCUAUUUAGUGCUUCACUUCUGUAGCUGGAAUAUACAGCGUGAUUUUAUAUUGAAACCAAAAUCUUAACAACAUCGAGUCAUGAUUAGGAUAAAUGCAAUUAAGGAUUUAACUUCUCUGCAAUGCACUUCCAGACAAUAUUGGAUUUGAGACUAAACAUACAUCAUUAUUAUGUGCGGCAGUCAAAAAUCAUAGUCUGCAUCUGACUCCCUUUGUGAAUUUCACCCUUUUGUAGUUGGGUGACUUGUAUUCAAUACAUCAAUAUUAGAAACACCCUUUUCUGUGGUGUUUGGAUUUUUAUAUCGAAAUUUUUUUAUUAACAUUUUUAACAGAAAAGGUGCUAUUUUUACAUCUUUACUGUAAGUAUUUCAUUUGAAUUUGUUCCAUCAUGCUUUUUGCUUUGGAUGUCUUUUGCAGUGGCCUGGCAUUUGCUCCAGUGACAAUUGCUCAUGCCUUCAUUUUUUGGAAUUAUAGUGUUAGGGUGAGGGCUGUGCCUGAAAAUUUGGUUCAGAAUAUUGUGAGAAUAAAGUUUAGGGAUAGAUUUCAGUAGAGUUCUAAGUUCAGCUUAAAUAUGCAGAAUAAUAAUAAUAAUAAAAGGCAUUUAUAUAGCGCCAUCUAUCUAGAAAUACUCUAUUCCAAGGCGUGUUGUUAUUAUUAUUACCCCGGUUUUAGCUCGAGCUGCCUUUCAGCGCUCGAUGCAUUCAAGGAAUUAAUCCUGCCGGGUACCCAUUCACCUCGCCUGGGUUGAGUGCAGCACAAUGUGGAUAAAUUUAUUGCUGAAGGAGAUUAUGCCAUGGCUGGGAUUCAAACCCACAACCCUGUUUCAAAGUCAGAAGACUAAUCCACUGGGCCACAACGCUCCACUCUCAUAAGUGAUAAUUCUUGCUAGACAUAUUGUGGAGGAAUCUCUUUGGCAUGAUGGAACAUAUUCAUUGUAUUUUGUUUUAUUUACCGUUCCUGCUAAAUGCAUUCCUGACAUUCUUGCCAAAUGUGUUGGAAAUUUAAGAACUUUAAACAAGUAUUUAUACAUGUAUGUACAUAGUGUAAAAGUGUCUCUGUGUGUAAAAUAUUUACUUCCAUAUUCUUUGAUAUCUUAAAACAUUGUCAAAUAUUAUUUAACAUGAAUGCAUUGUAAGAACUACUUUUUGUAGUGUAAACUUCUGUUCUAUCAGAGAAAAAAAAUCUAUAUCAAUGUUUUUAUAUAAUUUUUGUAAAUAUGGUUCUUCAAACAGUACAUACUUCAAUAAUUGGUUCAUUUUGACAAAUCAUCAUACAUAUAGGAAUAUAGUAAAAUAGUAUAUUUAAGAUUGCUGAGAUUUUUUGUCUAUCACAGAUGUCAGUUAUGGCACAGACAAUCUUUUUGCAAGGUCUUUGAACAUACAUGUUUGGAAUAGCACUAAAUUCCACUAAAUAUUCUUGUUUGAAAAAAAAAAAGUUGCACGUAUAUUCAUUGAGUUACUCUUCCAUUAGUUUGUUAUGUCAGGAAAAUUGUUAAUGCUGAUUGUCGCCACCUAUUUAAAUCCACCGGAAGGCCAUGGCGUAUUAAUGUACAUUGAUAUGAUCCGUCCUUUUCAAUACUUCAUUUUUUUACACUGUAAAUUGUGAUAGAAAGCAAUGAACAAGUAAAUACAAUAACAAACAGCAAA